ACCACGUCAAGUCGCCCAACCCGCCCACCAUGGCCGCACUGCCCGCUUCACUUUUCCGUUUCGCCGUUCCGCUGGCCAUCGGCGCCUCGGUUGUUCAAUCAUCGCUCUACGAUGUCAAAGGUGGAACCCGCGCCGUCAUCUUCGAUCGUCUGUCCGGUGUCAAGGAACAAGUCGUCAAUGAGGGAACCCACUUCUUGGUACCAUGGCUCCAGCGGGCCAUUGUCUUCGAUGUUCGCACGAGGCCCAGGAACAUUAGUACCACAACGGGAAGCAAGGAUCUGCAAAUGGUUACGCUCACAUUGAGGGUGUUGCACCGGCCUGAGGUCAAGCAGUUGCCUAAGAUCUACCAGAACCUUGGUCUCGACUACGAUGAGCGUGUUCUACCCUCCAUCGGAAACGAAGUUCUGAAAGCUAUUGUCGCCCAAUUCGACGCCGCAGAACUCAUCACACAACGAGAGGCUGUGUCUAACCGCAUCCGCACCGACCUCCUCAAGCGCGCCAACGAGUUCAACAUUGCUCUUGAGGACGUCUCCAUCACGCACAUGACCUUCGGCAAAGAAUUCACAAAGGCCGUCGAAGAGAAGCAAAUCGCACAACAAGAAGCCGAGCGCGCGCGUUUCAUCGUAGAAAAGGCCGAGCAAGAGAGACAGGCAAACGUUAUUAGGGCAGAGGGUGAAGCCGAGGCGGCCGAUACCAUCUCCAAGGCUGUAGCGAAGAGUGGUGAUGGAUUGGUGUUGAUUAGGCGAAUCGAAACACAAAAGGACAUUGCACAGAUGUUGGCGAGAAACCCGAACAUCAGCUACCUACCCGGCGGCAGCUCCGGUGGCAAUGGAGGUGGCUCCAGUGGCGGCAGCUUCCUACUAGGUCUGAGGUCGUAGAUGAGAGGGGCAGAGUAGGUUGAAAAAAGAUGGCGGGGUCGCUGACUAGUCGUUGGCAACGGUAAAUGAGUGAUGAACUGGUGGAAAUGAAUAGCCAGCGACGACCAAGACAUGGUUCCUGUAUAACAUACUGCCGCGGGCACAAUACACUUCUCUACAACCAUAUGAAUAUGGUCUCUUCUCACG